UGGGUACAGAACGCGACCAGCAGCCUCGUCCUGUCUCUCUCGGUGAAGACCGCGUCCGAGCGACACCUCGUCCCCGAGCUUCACUCACCCACUCACACCAGCCGCCAUGGAGGAAUCCACCAGUUGACGUUUCUGUAACCUUCUCUCCUUCAAGCUUUUCUUUCCGUCCGAUCACCGGCGUCACCGUUUUAUUCCAACUUCCGCGUUUUUUUCUACCUCUGUGCCCAUCGAUCCACACUCACCCGACACCAUGAAGUACAUCAUCGGAAUCGGCGGCGUGACCAACGGCGGGAAGACAACCCUCACCAACCGCCUGAUCAAGAACCUGCCCAACUGCUGCGUGGUCCACCAGGAUGACUUCUUCAAGCCCCAAGACCAAAUUGAAGUUGGUGAAGAUGGCUUUAAGCAGUACGAUGUCAUCACUGCUCUGGACAUGGACGCCAUGAUGAGCACGAUCUACGCCUGGCGGGAGAACCCAGUGAAGUUUGAGAAGUCGCACGGAGUCAAUAACACCCUGGAUACUGACAUCAUCCCGAAGUCCGACCAUGAGGAGGAGGAGACUCACAUCCUUAUUGUGGAGGGCUUCCUGCUAUACAACUACGGACCAUUGAUCGACGUGCUGGACCAGCGUUUCUUCAUUUCCAUCCCAUACGAAGAAUGCAAGAAGAGGAGGUGCUCUAGGAACUACUCGGUGCCAGACCCCCCCGGCCUGUUUGAUGGCCAUGUCUGGCCCAUGUACGUGAAACACAAGAACAUCAUGGAGACAACAGAUAUCGGCGUUGUGCAGCUCGAUGGAACCAGGUCAAAGGAACACCUGUUCAACUUUGUCUAUGGCGACAUCCUGAAUAACAUCCAGAAGGCUCACUAACAAAAGUCAUACGAUCAGCUAAAAGGAGCAUAUGCCCGGCCUGCAGGCAGAAGACCACCUUGCCUUAAGUUCAUAACCUAGCAGUGGACUGCUAUGAAUUCAUUAUUAAUAUUUUUAUUUUUUAAACAUGUAAAUUAAUUAACAGCAUCAGGUGCUGGUAUGAUUUUUCUAUAUCUGCCGUAUUUAUUGCUUUGCUACAGCCCAUACUCCAUGGAGUUGAUGGACAUGUUCAGAGGAUGGGUGCAUUUCGAUGCCCAUGUCAAUAAAUGAUCCUCCUUCUAA